AUGGCGUCGGGCCUAAAUCUUUCAUCAUCGUCGCCCCAUGCGGACGAUGUGCCAUCUGUCUACUUUUCUGGUAUAUGUCAAACAAUUUCUGUAAAAUGUCAGCAUCGAAACGAACAAGGUGGUCUCUCGUGUUCAAAUAAUCUUUAUACGUCCUGUCCUCAUUGUCAUUUGUUACUUUGUAUAAAUCACAUUCAUGAACAUGAAAAUCUUCUCCGGUAUGAAAUUGAACAAUUAAUUAAUGAAACAAAUAUCGUUAAAGCUAACAUUCGAGCAUUAACAACACCACAAUCACCGUUUGAUGAACAAAAACAACGAACAUUAUGUGAAUUAUUAGAACGUUGGUCAACUGUGGGUAAAAUAUCAAUGAGUCAGGCAGCUCUAAUUCAACAUCAGUGUGUUUAUGGAACAACAAGUAGUACGAAUAAUAAUAACAAUAAUAUCAACACUACGAAUAAAACUUACAAACAACCACAACCAUCCCAACACGUCAUUCAACAUCAACUUGCACAGCAACAACAUCAUCAUCAUCAUCCAUCAUUGACACAAAAUACAAAAAAACGUCGUAGUGGAAAAAAUAAAAUAGUUACACUUUUAAUGAAAAAUGAAAAUGGUGAAUAUGAAUGUCCAAAUGUACAAUGUCGAAAAUCACUUAAAUGUCAAGGCAUUACUGCUCAUGUGAAAGCAUGUGCUGUCGAAUGGCUUAAAGAAAACGGACAAUAUCUAGCGAUGACUUAA